AUGUCUUCACGACGACGACGCAACAGAGGCCUUCCUCAGCCUGGACGUCCUGUCAAAAAGGGUCGACCAGCGAAGGCCGACAUUGCAGAAGACGAGCAAGCACCUUCACGCAUUUAUGCGAGAAACUUGCUCGAAACAAAACCUCGUGUUGAAUGGUCCGAUAUCUCGAGCACUUUGGAACUCGUAACAGAUGAGCUCGGUGAUUAUUGGACUCAACAAGACGAGGAUGCCAUCUUGGCAAUUUGGGAUCGAAGCCCAGAGAAGCAGUUGAUUUUAGGCUUGCCUCAGUUUUCAAGUUACUUAAAGCUAUGGAAAUACUGUAUACGCAUCCUAAACUCCUCGCCGAACUGGAUACUUUCUCCUAUCUAUGGCCUUCGCUAUCAAGCGACGGGGAAUAACGCGGCGUCAGCCAGGGGCGAGAUACCCUCCAAAUUAUUUUGUGAGCAUCUCGCGUCGCUGAUUACACACCACUGCCAUGGCGGGCGUGUAUCGCAACUAGCAUUGCUUCUGCAAUAUGCCGCCUUCUGUCGGUUGGAUGAUCGUCGUUAUUUCGCACCCUUUGACAGGGAACUGGUAGAGAAAUGCCCAGCUCUUACGCUCCUAUACAACAAUUUGGACGAGCUGGUGGAUGGCAGAUUACCAGAGUCUCUUCACUCAAUGCAUGCCUCCGCAAGGAGGGAUAUAUUAGAGAAUGAGGAAACCCCAUCUGAGUUGUCAGACUUACUACACCACAUUGGUGAAAUGGUCAUGUCAAAGCGGAUUUCGAGGGUGCCUAUUGUGGCAGAAGAUUUUCUGACACAACUAGACAUGAAUGUUCUUCCGUUGACUCUAUGGGAUCUUAUUGCUGUCAUCGACGCCGUUGAUACCAUGAACUUCAGUGUACCAAGCGAUAGAUAUACCGUCGCUGAAGCACAACGAAGCUUCAUUGUCGAGCUGAAGGGCAGCGAUAUCCCCAGCAGGAACGAGUUGCCUGAGAUAUUUGAGCUUACCUUCAAGGCUAUGCUUAGAUGUAUCAGGAUGGCUCUUCAACCUGAGACUGAUUCAAGUAGUCAAGGUGACAUUGACAUGCCAGACUUGGACCCCCAGGAGGGACAAGAGAACGAGCCAGAGACUGAAUCUGAGUCUGGGCCAGAGUCACGUUCUGAAUCUCGGGUUGAGUCUGGAGCAGAGUCUAACUCAGAGUCUAGGCCAGUAUCGUUAAACCUAUCCCAUGGGUCUUUAAAUCUCUACCCGAUACGAGCCCGCGAAAGUACUCAGCUUUUCGACAGUAGAGCUGAGGAAAUCGACUCAUUGAGGGAAGAGAUCCAGCAACUGCGAGAAAGCAGAGCUCAGGACCGGGAAACGAUCCAGCAGCUGCAGGAAAGCAGAACCCAGGACCGUGAGAUUAUAUCGGACCUUAGGGAACAGCUCAGGACACAGGGUGGCGAGAGCGCCCAAGUCCUUCAAAGAGUCGAGAAGCAGAACAUGGAGUUCAUCCAAAAGCUCAAGGAUGAGCACACCCAGUUCAUCAAGGGCCUUCAGGAGAACACCAAUCUGCUUCUCCGUCUUCAGAGCUCAGAUUCCCGUGGUGCUGUAGCCACGGUGAAUACAGCCAGAUCUGCAUCUCCAGAGCUUGAUGAUGGGCGGUUGCCUGAGACCUCUGAUCAGUCUCGAACUGACGCCGAGGAUGAGAAUCUUGACCCAGAGGUUGCAUAG